AUGAAUUUAAGUCCAGAAGAAGCUUUGACAGGGCUAAAAGAUGUACUUAAGAAGUUAGAAAAUGUCCAUCUCAUGCCAAGUUAUUCAUAUAAAAUGAUUCACGGCAUGCACGGCUGUAACGCAUUAACGCAUUUAAAUGAUGAUGAAAUCGAUAUUAUUUACCAUCUUACCGAAACGCAUUCACCAGGAUUAAGGAACAAGACUGUUCACAAUUAUGAAAAAAUGCUGGCUGAAGCCGCCGAUACCAAAGACAAAACGAAUCUACCGUUGUGCAAAGAAACUUUGGCUAUUAAAUGUGCUACUUAUCCCAAAGAUAAAAAUGUUGCAGAAAUGCUGCAGCAAGUUAAAGAGUUGCCUGAAGAAUGGACUAUCGUACAAUUAACGCCUCAGUACAAUCCAUUGGAACAAAUCAACAUGAAUCGAAACGCUUAUUAUACUAAUGCAUUAAACCUUACAGUAUUCAAUAGCGGCGAUGAAGAAAAUCCCUUUUUCAUCACGAUUCCUCCACCUAAAAACCACAAAGGGGGAACUGUUGAAUUAAGUGAGGAGAUAAUGUUAUUCGUGAACAAUCAUAAAGAAGUCCUUUUGGGAAGCAAAAAUGUAAAGUUCGAUAAUUUAAAGGCAAAAAUGAAUUAUUACGAGAAAUUGAAACAUGCAGAGGAUAACUUGAAGUGGAUACUUUCCGACAUACAAGAUUGUUGGCUGAAAGAAUGGAAAUGUUUAUUCGCCGCUAAAUUUUGCGACAAAAAAUUGGAGCAUAAAAUGAAAAUUGAACUGAGGAAUUUUUUUAAGCAACGAGGAAACGCUUUAAACAUAUCAAGUAAAAUUGAAACCAUCUUAAUUGGUGCCAUCAAAAAUUUCGAGCACUUGAAAGUAACGGAAAUUAACAGCUUAGUCAAGUAUUGUUUGCCAGAGGCCAGUAAAGAACUAAUAGGGAGUACAUCUAUUAUGAUUAAAGAUAUGCAUUUAAAAUUUUUAAUGGGAAACAAAUUGAUGAGAUACCCAAUUAUUUUGAUAUUACAUGAAGCCUUAGACGCUUUUCCUUGGGAAAUGUUGGCCGUUUUGAAAAAUCAACCUACUAGUCGCGUUCCAUCUUUACAUUUCCUCUACUGUUUGUACAAGGAACACGAAUCUGACAUAAUCGGAGGGUACAGAAUUAUCAACAAUUACGACAACGGAAGUUACGUAGUAAAUCCUGGUUUGGAUUUGAAGAAGAUGGAAAACCGAAUGAUGUCGUUUUUUAAUUAUUGGACACCCAAGUGGAAAGGCGUCGUUGGUGUUGAACCCAAAAAAGAAGAAUUUCUCGAUUUUUUGACCAACAGCUCAAUUUUUUCUUACAACGGUCACGGUAGCGGUUCCUUUUACGUUUCUCUGAAUAAAUUGCAGAAAUCUCACAUAAAAGCGGUAGUACUAUUAUUUGGAUGCAGCAGCGUGAAACUUACACGAACUGACCCAUUGGUGGACAUGUACGGUCAUUAUUAUAUAUAUCUUAUGGCUGGCUGCCCUUGCGCGGUAGGAAUGCUUUGGGAAGUAACAGAUCUAAACACGGAUUGUUUAAGUACAGAUUUCAUGAGCUAUUUCAUACCUUCUCCUGAAGCCGUGCAUUGGAAAUAUUUGGAUUUAAAAGAAUGGAAAAACGGAAAGAAUAUCGAUUUUUCUGAAAAUACCUUGAACCAAAACGGAGGCAGCAAGGAAAUUCGGGACAAAAUAUGGGAACCAGACUUAUUACUUGCUCUCAUAAAGGCGAAAAAUAAUUCUAAAAGCUUUCUUACGAAAGCAGCAUGUGUAACAAGAGGUUUACCGGUUAAAAUAGUGAAAAAAUAA